UCUAUCUUCAAGGCAGCAACCCAAAGCAAAAACAAAAAUAAACAUAACAAACACAACGUGGGUGAAUUAUAGGUGCAAAUCUGUCUGCUGUUGUCCACAAGUGAAUUGCUAAACACACACAUGGCAAAAACGAAGAAAAACAUUCGGGCCAAAUCCAAGAGUGCCAUUGGAGCGGCGAAGCAACAAGUACAAAAUGUGAAGGCACAAAUCAACAAAGCAGCACGCCAAGAGCAGUUGCUCCACAAAACCCUGACCCCCAAGAGUAUAACAACUAAAAAGGAAAAGUCUGUCCAAAAGCACAAGAAACUACUAAAGCGGUUUACCGCUGCACGAAAGGAACGUAAAGAGGAAACGGCCCGAAAGAAUCGCGAAAAGACUAAAGUCAUAGGAGAUUUAAAGCCGCUGCGUGAUGCCCUACCUUCCCUUCAGGAUAUCUACAAACUGGUGAAGACCAAACAAAACGAUCCUGCUGAAAGAACUAUGCUGACCGAACCAGAGGCGCCGCUCAGUGUCAAACAAAAGAUCAAAAAGAAGCGAACAGAGAUGGUAAACCAGGUGCAGGCUUUCGAGAAACUGAUAAAGGAUAAAAACUUCAAGAAAAAUCCUCGUGAAGUGAUUUCCGCUCAUGUGCGCAACAAAUACCACACCAUAGACGAGGACGAUGACCAAUAAACACCUACUUAGUACUGUAAGAUAAUUAGGUCGAAACUAUUUGUGUGCCUCUGCUCAAAAACUAAAUAAGUAAAUAAUAAAUUGACUGAAAUUUAGCACAAAACUCACUUUAAUAAAUUUAAACAUCAACGGUUUCUCAAACCUAUCGAUAUUUGCCAUUCACGAUCUCGAUUGAUCUUGAAAUAUCGAAGCUUCGGCCUCCUCUAUCACCGCGGCAUUGCUCACCUUUAUGAAGCGGCACUUGUUCGAAAUAACUGUAGAAAAAUAUAGUACUUUGAAUUAACUGUUGUCAAGAAA